AUAGCUAAUAGUAGUACAAGUGCAAGUACUUGAAAACUGUACUUAAGUAUAGUAACUGAGUAAAUGCCCUUUCCAUUGUUGUUAGUCAGUAAUAUUCAAGUAUGUUGUCAUUUACCAAACAUAAAUGAUUCUCUUUCUUAUAAAGUGUUUCUCAUUAUUCUUUCUAAAUAGCUGGAACUUGAUACAGGGAUGUUCUCUGCUCGUUCUCUAAGCUAAAUGGCUCUCUAGUGUAAUGGCUAAUUAAAUCUGAGUGCCUCAUGAAGAUAAAAGACAGCUCAUUUUGUUAGCAUUCAACACCCACAGGUCCCGUGAGGCUUUGAUGGCCUGUUGAUCUGUGGCUAAGACUCAAGGGAUGUGUUGUUUUCGUUUUAAAAUCAUCAGGUGGUCCUGUUCCGAUUUACAGCUGUGUGAGUGCACACAUCAGGUUGGGGCAGCAGAGGUUUUCAGAUUGAGAGGAGGGCCUCUUCAGGGGGGCUGCAAACAAGCCCAGACUUUGAAAAGGGUAGGGUUUUUGUGUGUACAAAAAGUAAUAAAAAAAUGACCUACCUAGAUCUUCUUUGUGGCAAUAGUGGAUUAACAUGAUUUCUGUUGCAGCAUGAUAAAAUGCUUUGGAAAUGCCCUCUGCAGGACCACACAGAACUUUUAAACAGAUUAAAAGCAAAAGGUUGUGUUUUUACUUUAACACUGGUACUCCUCCCUGUCUGGUGUUGACUUUAUACAGUAUAUGUCCUAAGAUCACGGCCUCUUGCAGCGUUAUUGCUUUUUUUGUGUGUGUGUGUGUGUGUGGUCACUUGCGUUAGUCGUGCAAGCGCGCGUGAUGAGAUCAAAGGCCUUAGAGCAGUGUUUUUCUGAGGGAGGUAGCCACAGCCUGGUACUCCGGCAGGGUCCAUAGCCUGAGCAACACACUUUCAAGGACUGUGCCGAGCUGGUGAAAAGGAACAUGCCCCCUGCAGGAGCAACAAAUCUAGGCUACACCCCACCAGAUGGAGGCUGGGGUUGGGCUGUCGUCUUCGGGGCUUUCAUCUCCAUAGGAUUCUCCUAUGCCUUUCCCAAGUCCCUCACUGUCUACUUUAAGGAGAUUCAGGAAUAUUUUUCAGUUUCCUACAGUCAGAUUGCCUGGGUAUCCUCAGUCAUGCUUGCCUCUAUGUAUGCAGCAGGACCUGUGAGCAGCAUACUCGUCAACCGCUAUGGCAGCAGACCCGUGGUCAUGGUCGGCGGGGUCCUGGUCAGCACUGCCAUGGUGCUUGCUUCUUUUGGCAGUUCUAUAAUACAUCUCUACCUCUGUAUUGGAGUAAUCGGAGGCUUUGGCCUUGCCUUUAACCUACAGCCAGCCUUGACGAUCAUCGGUACCUACUUCCAGGUCAAAAGGCCGCUGGCGAACGGCCUCGCUAUGACAGGAAGUCCAGUUGUUCUAUUCACUCUGGCUCCUCUCAACCAAUUUCUGUUUGAUUCUUUUGGUUGGAGAGGGAGCUUCCUCAUCCUGGGAUCCAUUUGUUUGAACUGCUGUGUCGCUGGUUCUUUGAUGAGACCGGUCAACAAAAAUGCCAAACUCAAACCAAAGACUGAGCCACCAGAGAGUAAUGGGACAGCCGCCGAGGAAGCUGCUGCUGCGGACACAUGUGCACAGUCAGAUAACCUACUGACUAAGGAAAACCAAGAUGAGAACAGGAGUCUGGGCUGUAUGCACAAAUUCGUAGAUUUCUCGCUGUUCAGACACCGGGGCUUCCUCAUUUACCUUGCUGGUAAUGUGGUCAUGUUUUUUGGCUUUUUUGCGCCUGUGGUUUUUCUGGCACCAUAUGCCAAACAUCAAGGCAAUGAUGAAUAUUCAGCAGCUUUCUUACUUUCUAUUUUUGCUCUGGCAGACAUGUUUGUCAGACCAGCAACUGGCCUCAUUGGCAACACCAAGUUGAUAAGGCCACGGAUCCAGUACUUUUUCAGUUUUGCAGUUUCAUACAACGGUGUUUGUCACCUUUUAUGCCCACUGGCAUCUGGAUAUACGGGUCUGGUUGUUUACGCUGUCUUCUUCGGCUUGGCUUUCGGGAUGCUUUCUGCACUGCUCUUCGAAGUUCUGAUGGAUCUCGUCGGGGCUCAUCGCUUCUCCAAUGCAGUUGGUCUUGUCACCAUUAUUGAGUGUGGACCAGUGCUUCUUGGACCUCCAAUUUCAGGUGCCCUUGUUGAUGCUUUUGGAGAUUACAAAUAUAUGUACUAUGCAUGCGGGGUGUUUAUGCUGGUCCCUGGCAUAUUUUUCUUCAUCAUGCAUUACUACAACUACAAGAAACUGGAUGAGGAGCAGAAACAGGCUGUGGCUGUGGAGAUGAAGACUUGUGAUGAGGCAGUGCAACUUAAAAUGAGCCAGGAUGAUAAAACAGCCCACGAAACAGAUGAGUGAACCUGCUGACUUAGAUUUUAUUUUAGUGGUUGUAGAAAGAUGACUCAAUGCUCAGACGUUACUGCAGGGCAUUCACUGUAUAGGGUAUUACUGAUGAAAAUUGUUUUCUACCUUGGAUGAGGUUGCUGGACACUUUGGACCUUGGCUACAUAUCUUCAGGUCAACAUUUGAUAUUGCAGUGCCUUUUUUGUGUGUAUUGUUAUUAUUAUUAUUACAGUAUGUCACAACCAAAGGCCUUUCUUCAUAAAUCAUUCAGAACUACCUCUGUUCGUUCCAUUGCAAUUAUCGUAAUGGCCCUGUAAACUAAUACGGUCCCUCUUUGUUUCUUAGGUGGAUGAAUAAAAAGUAAUUUUCCUGAGGGACUGGUAUAAAAUAAUGAGUCAAAACCCUCAACACAGAGCCACGGACUAUAAAAGAUCAUCACCUUAACACUAGAUGGCACUGCACACUUUGAUGUGAGAACUCCAGUGCAACACUCUCUCAUAUUAAACUGCACUUGAACAACA